UGAGCCAAGCCCUUUCUGGGUUGGUCUGCUCGUGCUCGGUUCUGUGUCAUAACUGCAGGAUUGUUUUAGUGUUCUUGUCGUCUUUUCUCUGAAUCUUUGGACGCAGUCUUUCAGAAAGUGCAGCGCGUUCGCUCGUUUACUGAAGUUGCUGAGGAUUUUGCAGACCGGAAGGAUUUGUGUGCGAAUUAUUUUUGUUUUCUUCAAACAUCAGAUUUAGGAAUCAGGAUUCAGGAUGGUGAACUUCUGUGGUCUCAUGACUGACAAGAACAUGCCCGUUCCUCUGAAGAGCAUCUCAGUGGAGUUGAAGGUUCAGGAUCAUGUUGGCACCAUCACGUCCAGUCUGCAGUAUGUGAAUGAAGAAGAGCGUUCCCUCGAAGCCGUGUUUGUGUUCCCGCUGCCCGCUGAUGCCGCUGUCUGUCACUUCAGUGCAAAGAUCGGUGAUCAGGAGAUUGUUGCUGAGGUCCAAGACAAGCAGAAGGCGAGGGAUCAAUACGAUGAUGCCGUGAGUUCGGGUCAGCAGGCGUUUCUGUUGGAGGAGAGCGAUGAAAGUUCUGAUGUGUUCAAACUGACAGUGGGAUGUUUGUCACCGGGUCAGACCGCCACCAUCACUAUUGUGUACGUCACAGAGCUCGUGAUUCAGGCCGACCACUCCCUGCGCUUCUGUUUGCCAGCUGUACUCAACCCACGAUACAAACCAGCAGAUUUAGUAGUUGGUGGAGCUUCUCAGGUGACGUCAGUUUGUGGAGGGGUUCCAUACACGCUGUCCCUUAAUGUUGAUGUGAUGUCAUCAAACCCUAUCUCCAAACUUGAGUCCAGCUGCACUCUGGAUCCUCUGGUGUUCCUCAACUCUGAUCACACGCAAGCAAAGGUGAAUCUGAGUCCUGGUCACAUGUUUGAUAAGGAUGUUGAGCUGUUUUUAUACUAUAAAAAUACCCAUCAGCCCACUGCUGUAGUGGAGGCCGGUGUAACCACAGCCCAAUCAGGUUCUCUAAUGAAGGAUCCAGUGGUCAUGAUCAGUUUGUAUCCAGAGUUUCCUGCAGAAGUGAUGUCAUCUUUGGCCUCUCGAGGCGAGUUUGUUUUUGUGGUUGACCGAUCAGGCAGUAUGGACUGCAUGAUGCAUCACGGGGAGGGAGCACAGAUGCGCAUAGAGAGUGCAAAAGACACUUUACUCUUACUGUUGAAGAGUCUGCCCAUGGGAUGCUACUUCAAUAUCUACGGAUUUGGCUCUAAUUUCGAGUCCUUCUUCCCUCAGAGUGUUGUGUACACUGAGGACACCAUGGAAGAGGCUCUGAAGAGAGUAAAGGACAUGAAAGCAGACAUGGGCGGCACAGAAAUUUUACAGCCUUUAAAACACAUCUACAGUCAGCCAUGUUACCCUGAUCACCCUAGACAGUUAUUUAUGUUCACUGAUGGAGAGGUGUGGAACACUAAGGAUGUGUUGGAUCUGGUGAAAAGUCAUGCUUUCUCUCACAGGUGUUUUUCAUUUGGGAUCGGUGAGGGUGCAAGUACAGCCCUCAUCACAGGAAUGGCCAGGGAAGGUUCUGGUCACGCCCAGUUCAUCUCAGGUGUUGACCGCAUGCAGCCUAAAGUAAUGCAAUCUCUCAGAUUUGCUCUUCAGCCUGCAGUUGAAAAUAUCUCUGUGAAAUGGGACGUCCCUGAGGGUGUUACUGUUGACAUGCUGUCCCCGCCCAUCAAUGUUCUCUUUCAGGGUCAAAGGGCACUCAUUUAUGCCCAGCUUAAAGGAGAGAGUUCAGGAGGCUCUGCUGGAACUGUGAUGGUGAAAUACAGUCUGAAAGAUCAAGCAGUGACAAACAAUCUCACAUUCAAUCUUAAACCAGCUGAAGACACAGGGUUGUCCAUCCACCGGCUGGCUGCUCGGACUCUGAUCCGCUGUCUGGAGCAGGAGGAGAGAGCAGGAGGUGCAGAUUUGGAGGAGAUUAAGAGAAGAAUCGUGGAGCUCAGUGUUCAGGCUGGAGUCAGCAGUGUUCAUACAGCUUUCAUUGCAGUUAAUAAAGACAGCAGAGAGACUGUGACAGGACCCCUGCUGCAGAGGACUGUACCAACACAACCUAUGUUUGCGAUGUGUGCGAUGCCUGCCCCUAUGAUGAGAUGUAUGAUGUCAGCCCCUAUGCAACCAUGUCUGAUGGCUGUCCCUAUGCGAUGUGAAGACGCUGUCCCCGAAAUGAUACAUUAUGGAGCAAUGCCCCUGGCAUCUAAUGAUGAAGAGUGUCAAUCUGAUGAAGCAUUAAAUGAGGCAGAACCUGAACCCCAGAAGGACUCUUUAAUGCAGUUGGUCUCUCUUCAGAAAGCCUCAGGCUGCUGGGAGCUCAACACCACAUUGGCUCAUGUGAUCGGGAGCACAGAGGACGAAGUGACCAAACAGAAACCAGCACAGGUGGAUAAGAUGGUGUGGGCCACUGUACUCGCUCUGAUCUGGUUACAUGCCUAUAAAAAAGAUGAUGAGGUUGAGUGGCAGUUUGUGGCCAUGAAGGCAGCGUCAUGGAUCUGCUCUCAGAAAGUUGGAGAUCUGUCUCAGUGUGUGAGGGCUGGGAAUGUCCUGCUGAAAUGUCAUGUGACGGAAGAAACAUUGGGAAUCUGAUUACUCUAAAUCCUAAAUGUUUUUUUGUGCUUGACGUUAGAUGACCAAAUUACUAUCACUGUUUAUCAAGAACAUUUAUUGUCUUUUGAUAGAUUAUAGAAAAUGAUUUGAAAUGAAACUGUAUUGUAUCAGUGUUGAUUAAAGUUUUAAUCCAGAGAA